AGACCAAAGUUUGCUGACACUUAAGAAGAUACAAGACAUCUGUUUCCACUACACAAUGAGAAUUUAUUUGGUGCAAGCCUGGCGAUACCUAAUUAAGGACUGGAGACAGCUGGGAUCAACUGGCCAUUCCAGAAGAAUGAUUACCAGGCCGCUGAACACUGCCUACCGAAGCCCUAUGCAGCGUCUAAGAACUCGUCCACAAACUCUAUCCAGUCCAGUGACUUUGUUGGGUUUGAUGUGGCUCAGGGGUCGCUUCAUUUCUUGGGUCCCUGUCACCAAUGCAGAUGAUGGUACUGCCAAUGGACAGUCUUUUUUAGGCUGGUUGAUAUCAUGGUUUUUUGUAACUCCUUCCAAGUACUCAGAUAUCAUCUCCAACAGUGAUCUGAAAUCUAAAGGACCUCCUGCUGUCUACCAACUGAGACCAAAGAAAGAGAAGUUUGGGAGUCUGACAAGAAUUACUGUUGGGGAAAAACAAACAAACAAGCCAAAUAAAACCAUCUUACUUGUGGGUGAAACGGGAGCAGGAAAAUCUACUUUGAUCAACACUCUAGUCAACUUCACCAUGGGGGUACAGUUUGAGGAUGAAAUCUGGUUUCAGAUUAUAGAGGAGGAGAAGAGAAGUCAGACAGAAAGUCAGACAUCAGAUGUGAUCGUGUAUGAGAUCUUUGGUUUUAAAACUCUGCCCUACUCUCUGUCCUACUCUCUGACCAUCAUUGAUACUCCUGGAUAUGGAGACACCAAAGGUACUGAAAAGGAUGAUAGCAUCAGUGAAAGACUAUUAGACUUGUUUCAAUCAGAGGAUGGAGUUAACAACAUUCAUGCAGUGGGUCUGGUGAUGAAGGCAAGUGAGAAUCGACUGAGUGACCGACAGAGGUACAUCUUUGAUUCAGUGGUGUCUUUGUUUGGAAAAGAUCUGGAGAAAAGCAUUGUUGCUCUCAUCACAUACUCAGAUGGAGUAACACCUGAAAAUGCUCUCAAAGCUCUCGAAAUUGCAGAAAUUAAAUGUCCAAGAAAUGGAAAUAAUGAGCCUGUUCACUUCCUGUUUAAUAACCAACAGAGCAAAGAGAGAACAGAAAAAAAGAAAUCUUAUUUGAAGACAGCAUGGAGAAUAACAGAGAGAGGAAUGGAUGAACUCACAGCUUUUCUAGAAAAAACUGCACCUGAAAAGUUGUUGGUAACAACUGAAGUGUUACGUGAACGCAAAAAACUGAAAGCCUGCAUAGAAAACUUGGAAGAGGGAAUAAAUGACAUUGAAGUCAAGCAAACCGAAGCCAGACGGAAACGAGAAGUGUUAGAGAAACAUAAAAAAGAGAUGCAAAACAAUGAAAAAUUCUCUGUCGAAGUUCCGGAGUUUUACAAAGACAAAGAAAAGAUAAAAACUGGGUGGUGGGGUGGGGUGUUUUAUAGUGGUACUGUCUGCUGUACAAACUGUCAGGAGAACUGUCACUUGAAUUGCAGAAUGGCCUGGUCUCCUGGACAAUGUGAUGUCAUGGAAGGAGGCAACUGCACUUCUUGCACCGGGAAGUGUCCUGCAUCAGAUCAUGUGAAAGCAGAGUGGAAAUAUGUGCAGAAAGAAAGGAAAGUCUGGCUGACAUUAGAAGACAUGAAAAAGAAGUAUGAAGAAAAUAAGUCUGAAAGUCAAAAGCAGAUGAGCCUUCUGGAAAACCUUCAAGGGGAAAUAAGCCAACUGGCAGCAAAGAAGUCACAGUUACUUGGUGAGUGCUACCAACAACUUGUCACACUGGAGCAGAUCGCUCUGAAAGUUGAUUCAGCAUCCACUUUGGUCCACUUGGACUUCCUGAUUAAGAAGAUGAAGGAGGAACAAAACACAGAGAAGGUCCAGAAACUGGAGGAAAUGAGAAAGAGAGUGGAUGAUAAGCAGAGCAGGGUCAUUGCAUAUGCGGGGAAAAAACUAGAGAAGUGA